GCGUAUAAAUAAGCAUAACGUUUUGUUAAAGUAUCGUCUAUACUGAAAGAGUAGACCUAAACUGGCUAAAGAUUAGUUUGGAAUAUCCUGGUUAAGGAGGACAAACAAAUAGACUGUCCCAGAUUAUUAUAGUUUUUCCGCUUCCGGUAUUUUUUGUUGACAGUCAUGGAUGCUAUUUUUCACGAGAAGCAAGAGGGAUCACUAUGUGCACAGCAUUGUCUCAAUGGCCUGCUACAGGGCCAAUACUUUUCCCCUGUCGAUCUGGCCCAGAUAGCUCAGAGCCUUGAUGAGAAGGAGAGGAGCUUCAUGGCGGAGGGAGGACUGCACUCAGUGGAGUACCAGCAGUUCCUCGAGCAACCAUCAACCAAUUUUGAUGACAGUGGUUUCUUCUCUAUCCAAGUAAUCCAAGAGGCCUUACGUGUAUGGGGACUUGACUUGGUGCCCUAUAACAGCCAAGAUGGCAUCGCAAUACAAGCUCGCAGAGAGCCAAUCCAUGAAGAAGCCUACAUAUGUAACUUCAAGCAACACUGGUUCAGUGUCCGGAAACUGGGUCACCAGUGGUUCAAUCUCAACUCCCUCCUCACAGGGCCAGAGCUCAUUUCAGACACAUACCUCUCACUCUUUCUUACACAGCUGCAGCAGGAGGGCUAUGCUAUAUACAUCAUAGUAGGCAAACUACCAAACAGCGAGGCAGAUCAGCUCUUAAAAAUGAUCCCUGCAGUUCAGCCAAUCAAACCUACCCUUAUAAACGAGGCAGCUGAAACCUCUGACCAAUCAGGGGAUGGGGACAUGGAACUGCAGCGUGCCAUUGAGGAGAGUCGCAGACUAGUCGAGAAUGAUGACACGAUGUUACAACAGGCUUUAAAGAUGAGCAUGCAGGGUUAUAUAGUGGAUGAUGAGGUGAGUGUGGGCCCGAGACUGUUGAGUGAACAGCCUGGCACAAGUACAGCAGGUGCCCCCACUCCCACUCAGGAAGAGUUGAGGCAGAAGAGGUUGGCAUUUCUCAGCAAGGUUGAUAAUACUCCGUCCACACCGAACCAAACAGAAACUACACCAGCUAGCGAGGAUGAUCUGAGUGAAGAAGCCAUGUUGAAGAGAGCGAUGGAGAUGUCGAUGCAGCAGGGGGAGCAGGCAUGAUGACGGCUGUUUAUAGUGUCAACUGUGUUUCUUAAGUAGAAUGCAUCUGUGAUAGAUGGCAUACCAGCAUUGGUGCCAUCAGCUGUUUGUAGACUGACAUGGCAUCUAUAGACAGACACUGACGAUGGUGACCGUCUCUACUGACCACAUAAUGCAACUCAACACUUCAGGGAUGAAUUGCUUGAUAGUUCUCAAGCUAAACCGAGUUACUAUUGUAAACUGCUGUGCUAGAAACUUGUAAGUGAUAUGCAACACCUUAAUAUGAGGUCACUGAUAAUCAAAAUCCAAAAUGGAAUUGUGUAACAUGUUUCAGUUGCAAAUUACAUGGUAAUGUGCGGCAUUGAUAAACAAGAUUAGGUAAUAACAGAAAGUGUUGAAUGUGUAACAAAUGUAUGAGCCCUGGUCAAAUUAUAACCAGCACCCAAGUCUGAGACUGACAUUUUCCAGAGGUCAUAUGAACUACAGCAAAUCCAUAUAUAUAUAUCCUUGGAGCAACAGAUACCAGUUUGUAUUUACAAGUUUGGCUUUUGAGGGUAUUAUCAAAACGUACAAUACACUACACCAUUCAUAACUUUACAAAAUCCUGCAAGGACCCUUUAAAUUACUUAAUGGGGAGUAAUAAGUACUUACUUUUGUAAGUCAAGGUAAAACCCUGCUAUCACACGGAGACUCUUAUUAAGUAGGUCAAUAGUUCUUUUUAUGUGUAGGAUAAAAUUGUGACAUUUAAAACAUCCUGAGGGCAAGUGUUUUGUCUUACUUAUAAACCGAAAGAAAAAUCUGAGACAACAUUUAUCAACAAUUUGAUGUUUUAAACAUACUUUUGAUGAAUGAACCUUAGGAAACGUGCAUAAAAUAUAGCUUGCUGGCCUACAUGUACUUGAAAAAGAGAUUCUUAAAAGCAUUGAGAUUUAUAAGUGUCUCUGUCGCCUUGUGGUUCACUCACAGCUACAGAUACAAAGAUUGCAGGUUCAGUACACGGAAAUAUAAAGUCAGCAGUAUUCAGUGAGUAAAAUCAGGGCAUUCUGUAUAUAAAGUCCCUGGUAUUGCACAAUAUUGUUACUAAUUCCUCAUAUUUAACUAAAUAUGUGCAGCGAGUCUAGGGCAAAAGACGGUACGCGGUUGUUUAGUCCUCGACUAUAAAUUGUAAACGAAACAGCCAGCAUUUCAAGCUCUGCAAAAACAAAGAGUACAAUCCCAGAUUGGUCGUGAAAGGGAUAUAGAGGCUAUUUGACUAAUAUUCACAUGAUCUUAAUCUCAUUGAGUGGUCAGCAAAACAAGUUAUUUCACAAGAUUAACCAAAUAUUCUGUUAAAUAUCUUACAUCACCAGAAAACAUUAAUAUUCCUAAGUAAAUUAUCCCCAACUCGCAGCCAUGUGACCGUGGGUCCUAUCAUCCCAUUGACGUAAUGGUGAUGUUGUUGAUCAACUUGACUUAAUGUUUUAACAAGUGUUAUUUGCAAUUAUUUCACUAAUGUUGGCAUUUCACUGUCAUAUUUAGAGUGUAAUCUUUUUGCUGCAAGGUAAAGAGAGCCCUGUUUGUAUUCAUAAAAAAUUUGUUUUGUUGAUGUAUGAAAAGUGUAAUUGGACUAGUGUUUCAAUUGUACAUAGUAAUGUUUUUCAACAACAGAAAUCUAUUUUAGAAUAAUUUUAUAUGCGUUCACCAGAUAUUUUCCACCAAGCAGUUUAUAUUGUGUGAUUAUUAGAAUAGGUGUGCCGUGUUCAAAAUAAAGGGGAGUCCUGGGUCCUUGAGGUAUUCCUAUAUUUAAUUCUAGGGUCCCCUAAAGUUUAAUGUAAGGGUUAUGACAAGGACCCUUGCUUUGCAUGCUUAAUUUUGAACACUCCAAAUUACAUGUAGUAGUCAUGUGUUCAGUAUGUCAACUCUGUGAUUUAUCAUUCAGUUUCAGAGAUGACUUUGGUCCUAAACUGCCUUUGGUGUUUUCAUUAUAGUGUUCCUGAAGGUUAGACCCACUUUAUACAAACCUUUAUUAUUCUUUUUCCUUCAACAGCAAGGAACUUUUUGGAGCAUUCAGUUGUCUGUACUAUGUUUUCAGAUUAUGUCAUAUGAGAAGUUUCAUUUCAAAACUGGGGGCUAUUUUUGGUUGUGAGGUUAGAUUUGUCUUAUUCUUAUGGAGUGGAUUAUUUCUACUGAUAGCUGGACUAGGACAAUGGUUUGGUCUUGAAUUUGUGUUCAGGAGGGACACAUUUUCAUAUGUCCUUUAUCUUGAAUUAUUUGUAUUCAUGCAUUUACCACAAGAGUUUCAAAUAUGAAGACUUUUUAGUUACUUGGUUAAUAGAUUAUUUCUGAACUAACUGAUAAAAGCAUAGUGGUAGAGUGAAUUAAAAACAAAUUAAAUAAAGAAAAGUGCUGCUUUGAGGUCUUCUUAUCUCCAAAUCAAUACUGAGGUUCUUUUUUUUCUAGAAUUUGUUAAAAUGGGAAGAAAAGAAUAAUAUUCUUGAACUUUCCAGUUGGUUCAAUAUUUGAGAAAACUUAGUGAGCUGACAUGACAAUAGACAUGGGUCAGCUGGAAUGGGUAGAUUUCAACAAUGGUAAACAUUCUGUCACAAAAGGGAUAUAAUUUAUUUAAUAAUAUUCAUUGAUUCUAUAUGUUUUCUACAUUAUUUAUGAUUUUGAAAUGUGUAUCCUGUGACAUCCAAUGUCAUAUUUUCAGAAUUUCCCCUUGAAUGGAAUAACUGUGGAAAACCUCAACUUUUGUUACUUUCAUAAACUAUGCAUAUUUCAUGUGUAAAUUUGUAAGUAAAUGUAAUCAUACUUAGCUCAAUAAAAACAAAGAAUAUUGACUGCA